CCCCCUCUAAUUAUUCCCUUUUAUUAAAAACGAACCCUGCACCCGCCCUAUUUUUCCCUCCAUCCUUUUGCCAUGUAAUAAGCCCAUAUAACUAAGUAGUCCUCUCUUUUGCAAGGGUGGACCCGUUGCAGAAGGACCCCUCAGAUUUAAUACAUUGAAGAAGAGAAGGUACCCAAAAAAAAAGGACUUCCAUGGUCCUAAAGUCCACACAAAUUCGCAUAUAGAGGGCAGUGCGCACCCAACCCAUCCCCACACCCGCACACACCCAGUGUGAGUUAAUCAACUCAUCGAUCUUCGGAGUUGGAGUGAAGCAAGAUAUUAGGUCGUGGACUGAUCUCUUGGAAAUGGGAAAGGGUACGAAGAGUGGUGCAUGCAAGUCUGCAACGCAUCAGCUCUUCAAGGACCGAGCAAAGAAUCGGGUUGAUGAUCUUCAGGGGAUGUUUUCGGAUUUGCAGUCUGCUAGGAAGGACAGCCGCAGCAAUGAUGUUGCAGUACUUGAAGAACAGGUCCAUCAGAUGCUACGCGAAUGGAAAGCUGAACUCAAUGAGCCCUCACCUGCGUCUUCAUUACAGGCAGGAAGUCUUGGUUCAUUCUCGUCUGAUAUUAAUCGGCUGUUGCAACUUUAUGAUGUUGAAGAUGAUGCUACCAGUGCAUUAGCUGCCCCAAAAUCUGAGCCAGAUGGGCAAAAGGCGGAUAAGGCUGCUGGCAUGCAAGAGGGUUUUGUUGCUACACAGCUCCCUCAGGAACAAAGCUUCCAGUUGCCUGAUGAGAGCAAAAACUUCCCUGCUGUGGCUAACAAUAUGCAUAUCAACAAUUUGGGGGUUGCACAGCAGUUAGAUUAUCAUCAAUUUGAUUUACAUCAGAACUUUGAGCAGCAGUACUUCAACGGAUUUGAUGUUACAGGUCUAUGUGGAGACGAUUUGCCACACAUUACUGGUUUUGGACAUAAUUUCUAUCCUCCACCUGCUGCGUUCUUAGGUCCAAAAUGUGCUCUUUGGGACUGUCCAAGACCUGCACAAAGGGCAGAGUGGAGUCAAACAUCACAAGAUUAUUGCAGUAAUUACCAUGCCAACAUUGCGCCAGCUGAAGGCUGCCCUGGCAUGCCUCCAGUUCUGCGACCUGGAGGAAUUGGCUUGAAGGAUAAUUUACUUUUUGCUGCACUCUGUGCUAAAUCUCAAGGCCAAGAAGUAGGAGUCCCAGAAUGUGAGGGGGCUGCUACUGCAAAAUCCCCUUGGAAUGCACCUGAACUUUUUGAUCUUUCUGUUUUGGAGGGAGAAACAAUAAGAGAAUGGCUUUUCUUUGACAAGCCUCGAAGAGCAUUUGAAAGUGGAAAUAGGAAGCAACGGGCCCUGCCAGAUUACACUGGACGUGGCUGGCACGAGUCUCGGAAGCAAGUGGUGAGUGAGUAUGGAGGCUCAAAGAGAUCUUAUUAUAUGGAUCCGCAGCCAUCAAAAAACUAUGAGUGGCACCUCUAUGAAUAUGAGAUUAGCAAGUAUGAUGCUUGUGCCUUAUACAGGCUGGAACUGAAGCUUGUUGAUGGGAAAAAAAAUUCGAAGGGGAAAGUAGCUACUGAUUCAGUUGCUGACCUGCAGAAGCAAAUGAAAAAACUCAAUGCUGAUUUUCCAACUGACAAGAAUCUUUCUGUCAAGGAUGGUGACAAGGCUCAUUUAAAGAACGUUACAGGAAACAUCUAUGUGGCUCCUGAUAGACUGCAACUGUCUAGGGAGGGGUUUGAUUAUGGCACUAGUGCCUCAUGUGACUAUCUGGUCGACGACGGGAAUGUUUACUACAUCACUUAGUCAAAGGUUUGUGAUCUGGGAAUAAGAGGUAUUCUGUUGUAGCAUGACACUGUCUGCUCGCAGCUAUUCCAGGCAAAUGGAGUUCUGAGCAUUUAUUUACUAGUCCAGGCAAAUGGAGUUCUGAGCAUUUAUUUACUAGUCAAUGUCGUCGACUACAAUGAUUUAACCAAAACCUAGUGGCUCCUCUUGGAGUAUUGUUAAUAGUUCAUUAUCAUGUGAAGUAGCCAUCUGACUUGUGUUCCUUUAACGGCAAAGAGUAUCCAGCAGGUGAAUGUCUAUGGAACGUGGACAUGGGAUGCAUCAUUAGAGUUUGUAGUACUACAUAGGAUGGCCGAAAAUGGUUGUUUUGACAUUAUCCCACUUUCGGCCUUCCAGCCCUUGGGUAUUAGAAACCAAAGAUAUGUAAAAUCAUGGAUGCCUCGUAUUUAUUCAUGUUCCCGGAUUUAGGCACUGCAUGCCUGUGUCUUUUGGCUUCUCUAGCUUACACUCAUCUGCCAAACUUUGGGACCAGGUAGGCUCCAUUUCUAUUGCUGUUUGCCUGUAUUUGGUCCUUCCUAUUUUCCAACAUUUAUUUCGUAUCUGGAUGUAGUUUCCAUCUGUGUGCUUCAUCUCCCAAAGGCAUAAGUCCAUGAUAUUAUGGCUCUGUUGCAAGUGCAAGUGUGUUGGAAGUUUUGGGGGGGGGGGAAUUGUUUUCACUUGCAGUCUAGCAUAAUCUCACUGAAAUGGUUAAAUCCUUAAGCCAUUGUCAUCAUGACGAGGGUUUUUUUUUUUUUUUUUGACUCAAUACGCUUGUAUCUAUUCUUUGCUGUAGUCAAGGAAGUUCCAUGAAUUAGGUCACGAGAUAGUGUUAGUCAUUACCGAUGUACAUAUUUGCAGUCCGUUGCGAAUGCAGACUUUGUCAAAUUUUCCGCCACAACUAAUUUUUUAGUAAUAUUCUAGGAUUUCUACACGGAAAGUGAUGCAUUAAUCAAAAUCAGGGAAAACUUCACAUAAAAAAGAAGUUGCCUCUGUGGACAGAGCACUUACUCUGUGAAAUAAAACUUACGUGAAUGAAAUUCAUAAAUAAGUAAUAUAUUUAUUGGAA